UUGCAAUCACUCCUUUUUGUAGUUGGAAGUUUGAGGGCCCAGCUUCCUAAAGCGCACUCAGUUGGUGCGCUGCUCAAUUGCGAAGCAACAGUCCAGCUGGCAUCUUGAAGCGGGGCAUGCCCUGCGCAGAUUGUGCAUGCUGCGCGGAAGAUUUGCAUGUGGAGACAGUGCAGGUGACUGCACAUCCGGAUGUUGAAACUCAUUCCUCGGAGACAACAGAAAUGAGUAUCCCGUCGGAUUCUCCCAAGAUGGAGCACGCAAGUAUUCUUAUCGCAGAUGAUCAGCUUGUUCGAGGCAUCUCAAUCCAUGCAACUUUGUGCAGCGGAGGUUCUUUGUGGCGGAAGUCCCCCUGUGAUAUGAGUGAGGCGGAGAAAGUUGGUCUGUGGGAGAAGUCGAGGCGUGUCGACGAGUUCGACAUGUUUCUUUCACAUGCCUGGGUCAGUUCUGGCAGAGUCAAGUUUCUGGCCCUGCUGGUAUACACCGGCGGCGGAUAUUAUUCUUCGUUCUGGGCUAUUGCAUUGCUGAGUGCGGGCGGGCUUUGCAUGUGUGAUGUGCUGCCAAUGCCAUUCGUCCGGGCCUUCGAAAUGCCAGAGUUUUCCCGCGACUGCCCACUUGGGCUCUGGAUGCUGAUAUCUAGCUCCAUUGCGCAGCUUGCUGGCUUGGCUUUGAGCCCUUAUUUGCCACAUAGAAAGUGCGACUGCUUCUUGGACGUAGUGAGCAUCAAUCAGCAUGAUCCUGACCUCAUGAGCCGCGGGAUUUAUGCGCUCGGCGGUUUUUUGAGCCGGUCCAAGGAGCUGCGUAUCCUGUGGAGCCCGCCACUCUUCACCAGGCUUUGGUGCGUCUUUGAGCUGGCAGCGUUCUGCGCCGCCAAUGCAUCAGGCCAGAUCAAGCUGAUGCCUCAGUAUUUUGUGGCCAUCGCAGUGGCAGGUUGGGUCUCCACCUUCUUUUUGGCGCUGGUGUUUUGGGGCAUGCAGCGCAUCGAAUUCGGCUGGGUUCACUUGCUUUGCAUGUGUGCCGCCGGAUUUGCAGCUACACAUCUUGGAAGGCGGCUCAGCCUGCAAAAGCAGAGUCUCAUUGAGCAGUUGGAAAGCUUCACGCUGGAUGGCGCGGCUUGCCGCUUAGAAAGUGACCGGGACUUCAUUUACGAGGCAGUAACGCAGUUGUACGGUGGCCUGGGGCAGUUCACUGACUUUGUUCGCGGCCCGUUGCGACGGCAACUCCUCCAAUGCUGCUCGCAGAUCCCUGCAGAUUUGCUCUUGUUUUUGGUCUUGCCCCUCGUAGCCUACAAAGCGGAGUUGCUGCUCGCAAUGUGGAAGGGAGGCGUGCCAGGCAACAUCUUGAUAGCGUACUGUUGCAGUUCCGUUCUGGGCCUCAGCCUGCUUUGGACGGCCUUCGUAUCGAGUCUGGGUCUUUACUUGGUCGACCUCUUUGCAAGACCAACUCGGUCAGGAGUUCUGUGGGACCUCUUCCAGUCGCUGUUUGUUACUGCUCUGACUGUUGCCCCUUACUUUGCCGGCUAUGUGCUCGACGAGCGGGCGCGUGAGGGCAACGUGGUUUUGAUAGCUGCCUGGGCAGCUUUGCUCUGCCUGAGUGUGGCUUGGUUCUGCUGGGCUGCCAGCGCUGGGUUGCUGAUAGCGCCCUUCGUCGGCUGUCCCUUUGAAUGGAAAAUGCCCAGGCGGACGAAGAGCAAGCCCACCGAGACGUGAAGGGAGCUGGCACUUGCUACUUCUAGUAAUUAUCGAUAAGUUUUUCAGGCCGAAUUUACGUGAAGUGGAAUCCAAACGGACCGUCGCAUUCGGCCAAGUUUCACAUGCCAGAAUCUGUGAAGGUUGUUUCGCGCCAGGCGCGGCGAACGCGGAGAG